AUGGAGCUGAGCAGGAGGAAAGUGCCUCUAUAUGGCCAGGCAAAGGUAUUUGCACUAGUCGAGGGUUUAGACUCUUUGCCAGAGAAUGCUGAGGUCUACGUUGUUCUGGAAGGAUCCACGCUGGUCCAUGUCACCAGGGCUCAGAGUGAUAUCAUGCUCUGUUUUAUUGUGCCUGGACAUAACCUUGCUGAGAUGGUGUCUGUCCAGGCUUACCUGUGCUCUGGAACCACACCUCUCACCUGGGUGGGAGGAGCUAUAUUGGAGUAUGUCCAAGAUGAUGCUCAGGACCUGGCAGAGCAUCUGGUAAUCCAUGGGCAUUGUCUAAACUCGACGGAUCAUAAGGAACUGAGCAGCCUCUUCAACCUGGGCCAGGAGAGCUCUCGCUGGGCCAUGGAUCGUCGCGUGGCCCUGGCCAUGGCUAACCUGGAUAUUCCUCAAAACUGGAAUGUGUUGGGGAGCCACAGUGGAGACGAGCACAGUCCAAGAGAGUCUCCCCUCCAUCUGGCUGUGCGAUGGGGUCUGUGUAGGCUGGCGGAGCUGCUGCUUUGCCAACCGGGGGGUCUGAUGGCUGUCAGUCUUCCAAAUGAAGAGGGAGUCACACCACUGCAGUUGGCACAGGCAGCAGGCAACACGGAGCUCCUGGAGCUGCUCAUACAUCCACCCAACCCUUUAGCUACGCCUCCUGCAGGUCUCUCUCAGGUGUGGGCGGACCGGUCUCGCUUGCUGAGGUUCUGCCAUGAUAUGGGGAACCUGACCCUGACUGUCCGACAAAACCUGAGGUGGAGCUCAGAGGAGAGCCGACAUGCUGACAUCCUGCUUCUCAGAGACAGGCUUAGAGAUGAGGACUUCCUCAGAGAGAUCAAAGCACUAAGGAGGGAACGGGUAGAGACCAUCUUUGGGAAGGAACAACAAGUGGAUGACCCGGCAGAGAACGGACUGUAUCCUGAUAUCAAUGGAGAAAACUCAGCUGCAGAAGAAAAUGACUACGAGGAGCCGCUGAUGUUUUGUCUGAAUGAGGAGGACCAAGUGGACGAGCCAUCGCAGUCUGACUUUGAGAAAAGUCAGUCCAUAAGGGAGAGCCAGGCCUCGUCCCCGACUCUGGCUGCAGCUGCCAGACUGUCAGCAAUGAUCCAUGGCAAAGACAGAGUGUACGCUAACGCCAUGCUAGUGGACCAGGUAGAUGACGCUGACAUUAAAUACCGCUCUGCUGGGGAGAAGGAGGUGAGCCCUGUGCCACAUGUUGGCAGCCCGUGCUGGGACUCUUUCUCCAUGACACCUCCUAACUCUGGGAGCUGGCCCAAGAACCGGUUGCCCCAUUCUGGGGAGAGGGGCGUCCAAGGCCCAGAUAAUCACAGGGAGCCAUCUCCUCAUGUCUCCCCUUCUCCUUCCUCUCCUUUUACUUCCUCCCCAACUUUUCCUUCCUCCCCCCUGGCUUCCACCUUCCGUUUGCUUGAGGGAGGACAGAGGCGACAGACGCAGCCCUGUCUUCCAGUCUCUCCUGCGUUGAAUCACAGAGGAUGCAGCUUGCCAGUGGCUACGCGGGGCCUAAGUCCUAGCCUUGAGUGUGACAGUGGAGAAGAGGACAUACUGGGACAUUCCUACCCCUGCUCAUCUUUAAAGAAGCAGUCCAUGCUGCGCUCCAUCUCAGGAGAAGAAAGGGACUCUUUUGACACAUCCCCGGACUUUAACCGCACACAUUCAGACAGCACGCGCAAGCCCACCAAGAACCCAGAGGAAGCCGAGGUCCGUCUGCGCUCCUACUCCUACUCCUCCCCAAAGGCAAAGCCGUCACGCCCACUGCUAAACCGAGAUGCAACCAUCACUGACCUGGCAGAAGAGCAGAGAGCAUUCAGCCUGACUGAGACUCCCAGAGAAAAGAGGGUUUUGGGUUUCCGUAAGCGGGCCCAGUCAGCAGAAGAGGAGAGCAGUGCAUCACUCCAACACCUCACCCUCACAGAGUUCCUCAAAGAGAUCGAGGAUGAGGAGUGGGAUAAAUACAUAAUCCCAUCUAAAGUCGAGUCAGAGAAGUACAAAGUCAGCCGAACCUUCAGCUUCCUAAAGAACAGGAUGUCCAGCACUCGUAACAAAACUAAGGUGAAGGGGAAAGAGGUGAAGGAGGGAAAGGAGAAGACAGGAGCCGCUAAUGGACACCAGUUUGUACCUGUGUCUCCAUCUGGUCCUGCUCUCUGUGUGGCCUGUGAUAAGUCUAUUUCUGGGAAGGAGCUAUUGCAGUGCUCUAACUGUUGCCUGAAUGUCCAUAAGAACUGUCGAGAGUCAGUCACAGUCUGUGGCAAGAAGCCGCAGGAGAGGAAUGCUUUGCUGAUGAAAAGCAAGACCUUGUCCCUCCCACAGAACUUUGUGAAAGACAACUCUCCAGCCUCCGUCUUCUCCCCCUCCUCCACCUCCUCCUCUUCACUUCCAACAAUGGCCAGAGAGAAGAAAGAAACAGUUGCAACUCUCACCAAAAGCCUCUCCAUCUCUAUAGACAGCAGACGGCUGAGUGAUACAGUAGCGAUGGACGGUGAGUGCAGUGUGACAGCUUGCACAAACAGCUCAUUGUCUGACGAGGGAACACCGAUCACACCGACUCCCCCUUCAGCCGACCCUCCAGUCACCUCGCAGGAUACUGGUGACGCUCCUCUAAUGAGCGACUUGUCAGCUGACCUGUUUGGACUUGAGGUCGAGUCCUGGAGUUUUGCAGUCAGUCCGGAGUUCUGCAGGCGGCUUGACAGACGCACUAUCAAACGUCAGGAUGUCAUUUACGAGCUGAUGCAGACAGAGCUGCACCACAUCCAAACGUUGACAGUCAUGUCUGAGGUGUUCAGGAGAGGCAUGCUGGAGGAGCUGCAGCUGGACUUGGACUGUGUGGCCCGGAUCUUCCCCUGCUUGGACCCACUCUUGCUCUUCCACAGGAACCUCUUCGGAGCGUUGCAGGAACGCAGACAAGCUGCAACGCAACCUGACAACCACAGAAAUUACCUCAUCCAUCAGAUUGGAGACAUCCUGCUUCAGCAGUUCUCAGAUGAAAAUGCUGAGAAGAUGAAGCAGGUGUACGGAGAUUUCUGCAGUCACCACACAGAGGCCGUCAAUGUCUUCAAAGAGCUGCAACAGCAGAACAAGAAACUCCAAAACUUUGUCAAACAACAGAGCAAUAACUCACUGGUCAGGCGCAGAGAGGUGCCAGAAUUUAUCCUGCUAGUCACACAGCGCAUCACCAAGUACCCAGUGCUGCUGGAGAGGAUAUUACUGUACACCCAGGAGGGAGGUCAGGAACACUCUGACUUAUCAAGUGCUCUGGCUCAAAUCCGUGACAUCAUUGCAGCAGUGGACCUGACUGUAAGUAAAUAUGAUAUGUGUCAGGAGCUGCAGGAAGUUCUGGCCCGACUGGAGAACAAGAGCUUUGCCAAGCUGAAGAAUGGAAAGGUGUUUCGCAAACAGGACCUGCACAGCAAAAACAGAAAUCUGCAGCACAAGGGGCUGGUCUACUGGAAGACUGCCACAGGACGUCUAAAAGAUACGCUGGCACUCCUGCUCACAGACGUUCUGGUUUUCCUGCAAGAGAAAGACCAGCGCUUCGUAUUUGCAGCUGUGGACCAGAAGCCUCCAGUAAUCCCUCUGCAGAAGCUCAUCGUCAGAGAAGUAGCCAACGAGGAGAGAGGGAUGUUCCUCAUCUCCGCCUCCUCAGUGGGACCAGAGAUGUAUGAAGUUCACACCACCACCAAAGAGGAGAGGAAUGCAUGGAUGAGACACAUACGACAAGCUGUAGAGAGGUGUCCUGAGGAAGAGGAGGAAGAGGAGCGGAGUGCUGAAUCAGAGGAGGCCAAGCGGGCAGCAGAAGUGAGAGUUCAGAAGAUCACUAAGUUCCAAGAGACGUUGUUGGGUCACGACCAGCGCAUCUGCGACAGCCUGGAGGAGAAACUGCAAUUGUAUGCUGAGCUCACCGAGUUAACCCUUCGCUCACCUGAACCAGUGCCACAUCGCCAUCUGCUGGUGCAGUCAGAUGCUGAUAGUGAGACGCCACGAAAGGCCUCCUCACUGCUCACAGCUGCACUCAGAGAAGCGGAGAACUUGAUUACCAUUGUGCAGGCUCGUGAUGGCCUUUCUGUACAAAGUCAGAGCUCUCCUCUCCAAGGACCAGAGUGCUGUAGUUACAACAGCCAUGGAAGCAGCAUCCAGGAGUCUCCCUCUGAGCCUGAUUAUCUGAGCACGCUCAGUAUGAGCUCUACCUCCCUUGGAUCAGACAGUGAGUUGACAGGGCUGGAUGGUGUGUUGUGGAGCUCUGCUGUUGAGCUAAGAAGAGGAGACACCAAAGAAACAUUAUUAAAGGUGGCAGAGAGUGUCCAGAGUCUCACGCAGCUUCUCUACAGUCUGCAGGCUGCUGUGACCCUCCAGGACAGCUGCUUUGAGGUCCAAAAACUCCUCCUUCAGGAAGGAGAAAAACCUCAGCUCAGGACCCUCACUUCCCUCCAAAACAACCUGGAGCAGGAGAAGCUAAGAAGUAUUGAGAAGAAGAAGGAGGAAGUAGAAAAGAAAAGUUUAGACAGGAAAAAGGAAGAGGUUGAUGAGGUACAGAAACUCUAUGUGAGGCUGAAACAAGAGCAGCAGCGCUGGGACAAAGAGUGUGUGGCCAGAGAGAGACUACAGACUGAGCAGGAGAGUUUGCUGGAGCAGCGGGAGCAACAGUGCUUCCUUGAGGCUGAGCGACUGCGCUGCGAGCGUGAGCAGCUGGAGGCUCAGCUGCUGGAGUAUCAGCAGAGUCUGGACAGACUAAAGGAGGGCCAGAAGAGUGUGGAGAGGGAGAAGGAGAAGAUUGAAACCCAGCAGAGGCUUCUCCAGAGCUGGAGACACAACCGCCAGAGCAGCCUGCCUGUUACAAUACCACUGGAUGGAUUCAAGGUGCCCAACCACAGUCGCUCAGGCAGCUUGGAUGGUAAUUGUUCACUGUACGAGAACGAGGCGGCUUUACUCACCUCCCUCCAUCAGAACCACCUCCACCAGCCCACCAACAAUAACCACGACCAACGUCUGCUCUCUGCACCAAAGAAGAACCGUGAUGGGCCCCUGCACAACUCCAGUUACACUGCUAACCUUGGCCUCAGCGCCAGCCUCUACAACAGCCUCAACACUCUGCUGAGUCAAACUCAUGGCAAACCGCCUCCAGAUGGUCUGACAUACCCAAACUACAGUAACAAAGACACUGUCUGCCCCUACAACAGCAAGGUUGCUGCACAGCCACAGAGGACCAACAAGACAGACUUCAGUCCACAGUUGGACCAGCGCUCCCUGGGACCCUGGAGAUCAGAGGUCACGGGCCAAAGACUUUACGAGGAUGACUACUCUUCCUCUCCCUCUCUUACCCCCCUUCUUCCCCCACAGGCUUACCUCUCUCUUGAAGGACAGAAUGGGGAAGAGGGGGGCGAGGAGAACAUUGUUUAUCUCUGAGAAUCAUGAGAGACAAACGACCAAUGCAAGCUGCCUGAUGUAUAACUGGACCGACAAUAAUAUACUUGUUGCUUCUAUGUGUUUAUGUAUGUAAGUUCAUUUUUAAAAAUCUGGGUAAUCAUGUAAGGGAAUAGUUGCUGGGAGGAAGUAUACACAGAUACAGUAUAUGUGCCUUUAUCAGUGUCAUUCUCCUCUUGCCUGAUGAAACCAUCUGUGCCUUUUUCCCCCUAAACAAGCUCUUUGUAAAUCAGCUUUUAUACUUACUGUAUACUCUCAAUGUCAGUAGAUCAACAUCUUAUGUAAAUCAGUGGGGUUUUUUUUUAGUAUCUGUUGCACUUGAAGGCAGAGGUACCUAUGUGCCCCAACCACUGGGACCUAAAGCACCAGGUAAUUGGGACAAACGUAUUGAUAUUAUUUCCCUGUUAGCACUUAAAGCAAAUGGAAAUAUUUUAAAAGCCAAUUGAGCCAUUUCCCAAACUAUGUACAGCAUUAACAGCUUUCUUAUAGAGUGCUAUUAUUUCUCUGUGUGAUCUUUAAUAAUAUUUAUAAGGGAUUGUGAACAUUUGAAAGAAAUAAGAUAGACUUACAUUGUAUAAAUAUUAAAUAUAUGUAUAGUUUUAUGGAAAGGCUACCUAUGCACACUACAUUGGAAGAGGAUCUUAUAAUUUUUCUCACUUAAGUGCCAAAAAAUCUAUCUUGCUAUCUGAUAUUAUAAGUGAUUUCUGUAAAAAAAAAAGAAAAAAAAAGUUGUAU